UUUUUCGUUCUUUCACUUCUUAUAUGUCACGUACUGUGUUUAUGCGAGUGGAUAAGAAAAAUACGGGAAGAAACAUGCAUCAUUUUGUACAUGGAUUCUCGGUACUGGUUAUUGUUUGGAUAUUUACAAGAACAACAUUCUGCCAAGUAACAAAUGUUACUAGGCUGGUGAAUGGACUAACCUUAGUAGAAGGCAGAGUUGAGGUUCUAAUUGAUGGAACUUGGGGGACAGUCUGUGACAAGAACUGGGACUACAACGAUGCCCUUGUGGUCUGCCGAAGUCUGGGCUUCACCGGCGCUCUUGGUACCACCUCCCUUGCAGAAUUUGGACUUAGUUACGGUGUGAUGCCCUCGUAUGAUUUCCAGUGCAAUGGGACAGAAUCUGACAUUCUGGAGUGUUUGAGGGACGAGCCACAGUGUAGCAGUCCCUUUCGCGAGGCUGGCGUAAGAUGCUCAGAUUGUCAAGAUGUUAAUCCAAAGUGUCCAUCGUGGGCUAGUAAUGGAGCCUGUGAAUCAUAUCCUGGAGAAGUAAUUCCUGUUUGCCAGUACAGCUGCGACCAGUGUAAUACAAUCGCCAUCAAUGAUUCAGUCUCAUCCCUGCCGCAGAAUGAAACGUGUAUAACUGGACAUUGCUAUCUCGAUUCGAACAACGGUAGCCACUGCAAACCAGUUGUGGAUAUAUGUGUGGCGGCUGGGUGGUACCAAGGUAUGGUAUGUAUAGCUACACCGAUUCGACCCAUCCCUUCAUCAAUACGAUGCAUGACUUCUGAUGUUGGGGCCCAGACUAAUCUAACUCCAGAUCAGGUAGAUGCUUUGAUAUCCGCACUGACUGAUAAGUUAAGCGGACUGGAGUAUACUACGGCUGCAGUAGAACAAGAUAUAGCCUUAGUUAUAGCGAAGUUCCACGGUCUCCUUACGAAAUAUGGAUACCAACCGCUUCAGCCGCAGCAUAUCUACGAUCGUCAAAGACAAGCUACAUCACUAAUUUUGUUAGGUUAUGAAAUACAACACGUUGAAGAUAAUGCGUUCACCGCAUUUACAAGCCUUCGUACACUAGUCUUGGGGUCGAACAAUCUACGAAAGAUCAGGAAAGCGGCUUUCACUGGAUUACGACAAUUGCAGUAUCUAAAUUUUCGAGAUAACAAGAUAUCCUCCAUUGAAAAUGACACAUUCACAGAUAUGACGAAUCUGUUUUUCUUGGAACUCAAUGAAAACUCCUUUGUCCAUCUACAGCCUGGUGUAUUUUCUGGUUUGAUAAAUCUGCGAGACUUGGCUCUUAUAGACAACAAGAUUAGAGGUGUUAAGGUUGGAGUCUUUGAUGGCCUGCAGAAUUUACAAUUUUUGCAUCUUCAAUCAAACAACAUCAGCUGGAUUCAAGUGGGAGCAUUUUCACAACUGGAGAACCUUCGAAUAUUGUAAAUUACAAUCCAUUAGAACAUUCUAAAUUUUUGACAUCCUAUUGUUUCUUUUAUAUAUGCAUGUUAAAACUGAUUAAGAGAGAAAUGUUAUGAUAUUCACAACUCUAAGUACAUCAAGACGAACAAAUGAGAGGUAGAAAAUCAUUAAGAUACCAUCAUGGGACGUAAAUUUAUCAAAGGUAACCGUCUCCACACGUUUUAACCAUAGGAUGAGUGUGUUUAUAUGCUACAGUCCACACACAAGUUAUA